GUCGGCCUGACGGCAGAAAGAACGGUUCUAAACGUGCGUGUUCUGUGAAACGAAACGUCACAGACUCGUAAGCUUAUCUGUCAAAUAGAAUUGUUAAUUUUUUAAUAUCUUUAUUUUUAUAAUGUUCUUGAUAUUCCAGUAAAUAAGUUUACGUUAAUAGUAAUUUUUCGUGCACAAUUUAUAUUAAUUUGUGUUUAUUAUAAUUUAAAAGCUGUUAAAUAUGGGAUUGUGCAAUUCGUAUUUGUGCUGUCAAAAUUAAACUUUUGUUAUUGUAAAGUAAGGUGUUUUAGAUUCAUCUGUUUUCCCCUUGAACUUGGUGUAAUUUCAAACCAGCCAGUGCCAGCUGGAAAGUGACUAAACGUUCUAUUUUCCGUUGUUGUUGUGUGAAGAAUUAAGAAAAUAUUUAAAGAAAGAUGUCGAAGGUGUCCCUGAAUAAUAUCCCAUCGAAUCCUCGUAUCAAUCGUUUGAGAACGUUUUCUAGGACGGAAAGUGAGACGUCAUGCGAAGAAGCAGCAAGACUGACGGCGGAAGGCGCAGCCGCGGACGCCGAAGACGAUGAGGCCUACGACUAUGCCCUGCCGCCUCCCCCCGACGGGGGCUACGGCUGGGUCGUGGUCUUCGCAUCCUUCAUGUGCAACAUGAUCGUGGACGGCAUAGCAUACACAUUCGGCAUAUUCCUACCCGAGCUAGUGACGUUCUUCGGCGAGGGUAAAGGCACGGUCGCGUGGGUCGGCAGUUUGCUGUCCGGAUUUUAUCUUGCAGCCGGCCCAGUGGUGUCGGCACUAUGCAACAAGUACGGGUGUCGAGCUGUGUGCGUGGCGGGGUCCUUUGUCGCAGCUAUCGCCUUCGUGCUCUCAACCUUCAGCAAAAGCGUUACCAUGAUGAUGAUCACCUAUGGCUUGAUUGGAGGUCUUGGCUUCGGUAUGAUCUAUCUGCCAUCUGUAGUGGCCGUGGGUUACUACUUCGAGUCCCGGCGUUCCCUAGCCACGGGUAUCGCGGUAUGCGGUUCCGGAGUAGGAACUUUCAGCUUCGCGCCUUUAGCGGCUCUCUUGCUCAAUGAGUUCGGUUCUUGGCAGAAUGCGAACCUUUUGCUUGCUGGCUUAAUCCUCAACUGCGCUGUUUUCGGCGCCUUAAUGAGGCCUUUAGUCUAUCCUAAGACUUCAGGCGAAAAGCCAUUGCUACAACGUAUGGCUGAAGAGAAAAGACUGCAAAUGGAGCGCGGUUCCAUCGGAGGCUCAUACUUUGUAGUCCAACUGCCAGACGGUACUAUGGAGAAGAGGUUGAAGGUGAACGUAGUAGACGAUUCUGCCCCCUUGAACAUCGACCCCGGAGUUCACUCGUCGCUCAAUCUGGAAGCGUUAGCGCGCGUCCCGACAGUACCCAACAUGCCCGGAGUGCCAACUGUGCCUACUCUCCCCACUAUCACCGAAGCUAAAGUUGCUGACGACAAUCAGGAGAAAAAGAAGAAUGAAAACGGCAACGUAACAGUGAACCCGCAACAACAGCUAUCCCGCAACGUGUCCUCCCCGGCCUUCAGUGCGCACGCGCCCGGCUUACCCAAGAACGGCUCAGUCCCGUUCUUCGACCGACAGCGCAAGCAAAGCACCGGCGAUAGGUCAGGAGACAGAUUCAAACCGUCCCUAGCUGCAAUUAAAGCAACGUCCAAAACUUCAAUGAAUAGUCAAUACAGAAACGCUGAUGGUGACACAGAAAGCAUGAUGUACAACUCUAAGCUCUCAGUGUCGGGUCCUAGGGAACCAUCCCGCAUGGUUCGCCCGAUGUCUCGUAAAGACAUAUUCUACUCCGGUUCAGUGCUCAACCUGCCUCAGUACCAGAGUCAGAAGUCUCUGCAAGGAUAUAGGAACUCUGUGCUUAGUUUACCACAGAGUAGACAGACUGGUGAUUUGGAGAGACAAGAACAAUACGACCUCUGCCCCUGCCUAUCGCUCCCCGAGUCCUUCAAGUCAGCCCUCUCGUCUAUGUUAGACGUGAGCCUACUCCGCGACCCGGCCUUCAUGCUGAUCGGCGUCUCCAAUAUAUUCGGCAUGGCUGGGUUAUACGUGCCUUUCGUGUAUAUCGUCGAUGCGGCUAGGCUUAGUGGCGUAGAGCCGUCCCAGGCGUCGUUCCUGCUGUCGAUCAUCGGCAUCACGAACACGUUCGGGCGUAUCGCGUGCGGCUGGGUGGCCGACUUCCCCUGGAUGGACUCGCUGCUGCUCAACAAUGUCUGCCUUGUUAUUGCUACGAUAUCAGUUGGAUUGACUCCCUUCUGUACCACAUACGCUACAUACGUUGCUAUCGCCAUCGCUUUUGGAAUCGCUAUUUCCGGCUACAUUUCCCUAACAUCGAUCAUUCUAGUAGACCUACUAGGUCUGGACAAGUUGACCAACGCCUUCGGUCUUCUGAUCCUAUUCCGUGGCGCCGCCGCCAUGAUCGGGUCUCCUCUCGCCGGGGCCGUGUACGACGCCACCAAAAACUAUGAUGCUUCCUUCUAUAUGGCCGCUGCGUUCUUCUUAGCUAGCACUCUGACGUCAUUUGCUGCGCCUUUGUUCCGCAGAAAACAAGAAGAAGUCCAACAACCCCUCGACAUCCUCACCCCCAUAGACGAGGACUUGGAAGAAGGUGACGAGGAAGACGAGGAUGACACUCCCAUCACCAUGGGAGCCGGUUCCCUCACGCAGCGGCCGCCCGCCAUCACCCGCACCGCCGCCUCGCCCUCCGACCCGCCCUCGCCUGACCAGCAGCCGCAGAGAGAAAGCGUACUCUAGGCACGUACUUUACGCGAAUACGUACUUUAGGCGCGUAUUUUACGCUACUACGAAUGUUAUGAUAAUGUUACGUUACGUUACUAUGUUGUGGUUUAAGAUUGAGCCGUUUUGAGAGUUUUUGUAUUAGGAGAUUUUGUGUGAAGAAUUUGCCGUAAGUAGGGUCUAAAAUACGCUUUCAAACUGCUGGCAAUGUGCGUUAGAAUGUUCGCGGCAAAAUCUGCUAAUUUGAAAACACGAAUGGUCAACUAUUUAUAUCCCUGAUUAUUUUUGGUCGUUUGUGUAAGUUGCAUAACAACCAUAGCGUGAAGGCAACAAUUCUUAUUUUAAUAAAAACAUGAAAUGAUUUUCCAAAAACAUUUCCUGACUCUAAAACAAAAGCGAUAAUCUCCAACUUAUUUGUGCUUUGUUAUCAAGGAUAUAAAGAAGGUUGAUCAUUUAUAACGGUUUUAAAUUCUACCAUUGCGUAGACCUAUUAAAGUUUAUAUCAUAAGAUAAACAAAUACGAAGUUGAGUCGGCUUAUCGAGUGAGCGGUAAAGUUGUUUUUUCUUCAAUUUGAUUUUUUUUUUAACUAUUCUGCUCAAUUCUUUCUAUAACGUUUUAUUAAUUACUGUCUUCCUUUAAAAGUGAUUGACGAGUACGUUGGUACUUAAUUUAUGAUGUUUUUGCCGCUAACAAAGAUCUGACGAGUUCACUUGUACGUCGGUUUGAUUCCGUCAAACCGUUGAAACACACAUUUUACACUCCGAUAACGCCGACGACGAAUUCUACCUCCAAACAAUAUUGGGCGUUUAUAACGAAAUAUAGGCGAUUUUAUAUACAAUUAGAUUUCACGAACCCUUUUUAUUCUCCAAUAAUUAAACAAAUUCUACGAUCUCAAUACAUUGGAGACGCUGUGAUAAAGGUUUCUUGAAAUCCACUAGGUAUUUAUUAAUUCUCGUAAUGUGUACGAUACUCUGAUAAAGGGAAACAACGAAUUGAAUUAUUUUCUGACAGUAAUGUACAGUGCUAUUAAAUAAUAAGUUUUAGAAAAUAAUUCAAUUUGUCAAAGAAAAAAUAUAUAAUACAACAAAAAAAACUUCGACACGAAGAUUUAUUAUACGAAGUUACCAUAAGUUAAUGACAUUAAUAAAUAAAUAACUGGAAUUGACGGCAAGCAAUAAAGCGUUUAAUGUGUAUAUUCGCUUUGCAUUUCGAAACUAAUAGAAGGGAUGUAAGGUUCUAUAUUCCAACGUGCCAUAUGCGUCGUGGUGCUAGCGUCGACAAGCGUUAAAACAUUCAUGUGUUAACUAAUACUCAAACACUAAAGUUUUUGUGAUCAGAAACUAAAAUGUCCAUAAUCGUCAUUAGCAAUAAAAUUUGUACUUAUAGGCUGUUAAGUACUUAGAACAUAUAGAGAGAUACAUAGAAACGUAGACACUAUUUUCAACUUCUAUACAAACGCAUGUCGGGUUGAUUUCUCUUUCGAAAUGGACAAUAAGAUUUAUCUCAAAAGGUCUAAAUUCAUUCAUGUUAUCAUUAACAGAAGUUAAAUCAGAUGUUUUACAGUUAUAACAAUGUAAAUAAUAAGCACACUUGUAAAUAUAUGUUGCAGUUAGGACAUCGGGUACUUAGUGAAGCAAAUUGUUUGUCCCGUUCAGAUUGAUAAACGGCUUAAAUGUAAGACUUUCUGCGAACUAUGAUAAAUGAACUGAAGACAGAAGGCUGUCAUAGAUAUAUUAAAUACAGUUCAAAAUACGGCAGUGGAGAUAUUUUGGGAAAGGGACUAUCAAUUUAUACGAUUAAACCCUACUAUUAUAUAUUUGUGUGUAAAUCGUGUUUGUGUAGCAUUUUGCCUUUAAACUUGCUAGAUAAUGUUGAAACUUUUCGAGCUUGGCUUUUUUCUAUACGACUCUGACGAGAGAGAUAUUUGAAACAGAUUUUAAGCGUCAUUUGCGUACACUUAGCAAUCUUGAUGAAGCACUUUUUAGGCAUUCAAGUACAAUGCGAAUCACAGUGACUAUUCUCACUUCCAAUCUUUGACAUUGUAUAGAACUCUUAUAGUGCCAUUGUGUCGAACAACUACUUGUGUAAAUACGCUAAUCUUAAGUGAGUUUACAUAGACGUGAGUGAACGUAACGCAGUCAAUUGUACGCAUUUAAUAUGCAAAGCCACUUGACUGUUAGGUGUCAAACAUAGGCUUUAUGUACUUGCCACAUUAGUGUGUAUAUAUCUGAACUAUACGAUAUAUAUUUUGUCAUAGAUAUUUUUCUGUCAGUAAACUGCAUAAUUUAGCUUUAAGCAUUAGAUAUACUUUAUCAUUAGGAACGUGGAAGGCAAUUAGCUGUUAGGAGAAGGUAUUAUGUGAUAAACAUGAAAAAUAUUGAAAAUAUUUCUUUUUUAACAACCUGUAUUGUAUGCCUAUAAGUAAAUGAUAAUUUUAAUGAAGUUUCUUUUAUAAGGUUUAAUGUAAUCUGAUAAUAUGACGUUACAAAGUGUAUAGAACGUAUUAAGGAAUAUUCAGAAAAAUAUGAAUUAAUGUUACUGUUGUUAUAUAGCUUUAUGUAAAAACCAAAAGUGUUAUUAUGUUUUUAAGAUUAAAAAUUAUUUAGGAGUCGAGGGAAGCUAACUGGUGUAUCGAUAUACCCGAAGAGUUUAUUGUUGGUCGUAAUGAUCCUAAUGAAAAUCAUGUUGACUAUGAUAUAAUAUUUUGAUCUAAUUUCUACGACCGAAGACAAUCAUGAAUUUGUAAUAUCUCAUGAUUAUUUUUAGAGGCAAUUUUUAUGUAUUAACUUUGAAUGGAAGCACAGAGAAGCACAUAUUACAUGGUCAUUCAUUGUGAAUGUUUAAUAUUAUUUAAUUACAUUAUUCAGUAUUGGCUCAAAGUAUUGUUUAUAUAUUUUCAUUUGAAAUGUUAACGAGCUGUUUACAAAAUAGUUGUAUUUGUGGUUCUGUUUAUUUGGUUUUGUUUUGAUUGAGCGCAUGCAUUAAAUUAUGAGUUAUUAAAUGAUAAAAUUGAUAAUAUAAAUAGUUUUAUUUGUCAUUCUAUGUAAGUAAACAGCUCAGUCGAUGUAUUUGAUAUGUUUAGCAUUUUAACUGUGUGUAGUAAAAACGCGUUUGCGUUUUUCUUGUAGAGAUACUGUCUUAGGCAUAUUCUCGUUCUAUGAGAUCGUGUGUUUGUUUCGUGCCAAAAGGCAAAUCACUAGUAUUGUUAACGUAGCAGUCAGACUUUCGAAUACAGACAAUAUUCUCCUCAAAAAAACCCCAGUCAAUGUUCGAAAGUGUACUUGAGCUACUUUAAAAGUCCAAUAUGAGUUCUGCAAGACUUCGAAAUUUCUAUAAGCAGUUAAAAUGUUAAUUUCGAAAAGAAUAAAUAGAUCCUAGCGCACGCAUCGCUUGCGCUGAAGGUACAAGUUGCAAACAAAACAAGCUUAUUGUUGACAAAGUCCACCGAAAUCUUUUGUAAAUAACAGAUUCAUUAAAUGAUAAUGAUGACUGAGA